AUGGCAGCGGGCGCGGGCGGCGGGCGAUGGCGCUGUGGGGCCGGGGCCGGGCUGCGGAGCGCUGCGCGGCCGGGCGGGAGCGGGAGGCGCGGCGCCGGCAGCAGUGGGAGCGCGCCAGCCGCUCCUUCGCGCAGGCCGCCGUGUGCUGCUCCCAGCAGGCGCGGUGGAGCGAGCCGCGCGGCCCGCCGCGCAGGUAGGGCCCGGGUGCCGGGGGGGGAGGCCGCGCUGGGCCCGCGGGCGCUCCCCGUGACGCGCGGGCCGGUGUGUGGCAGCCCGGCGGCGGCGCGGCGGGACGCGGAGGAGGCGGCGGCGCGGCUGGAGCAGCGGCGGGAGCGGCUGAGGCGGCUGCUGGGCGAGGAGCGAGAGGCGCUGGCGGCGGAGCUGCGGCGAGGCCGCGGGGCGGAGCGCGCCGGGGCGCGGCAGCGGAGCGAGGAGCUGCGGGCGGGCCGGGAGGAGCGGCGGAGGAAGGUCGCUGAGCAGCUGCUGUACGAGCACUGGAAGAAGAACAACGCGGAGCUCCGGGAGGUGGAGUCGGAGCUGCACAAGCAGCACGUGAGAGAGGCUUGGGGGGAUCAGCUACAGCAAAAAUCCCAGCGAGAAGCAAGUGAGCUUGAAGAGAAGCAGCGUUAUGAAAACGAGUAUGAAGCUGCGCGAAGGGAAGCGCUGGAAAGAAUGAGAUGGGAGGAGGAGAAGCGGCGGCAGGAGGAGAAGCAGCAAGCAGAGAUGUUGCUGCACCAAAUAGAAGAACUGAAGUUACAGGAGAGAGAGGCAACAAAGCUGAAAAAAGAACAGGAGAAUUUAUUAAAGCAGCAGUGGGAGCUGCAGAGCUUGGAAGAAGGAAGGAAACAAAUGGAAGAGCACAGGAAGAAGAGAGAGCUUGGUCGCUUUUUGAGGCAUCAGUGUGAUGCCCAGUUACAGAGACGAGCUCAGCAGAUACAAGAGGAGCUGGAGAUAGACAGGCAAAUCUUAUCAGCCCUCCUCGAGAAAGACGACGAGGAGCAGCGCCGCCAGGCCGCGCGACGGCAACGGGCUGUGGCAGAUGCUGCCUGGAUGAAACGUGUCAUUGAGGAGCAGCUCCAGUUAGAAAAGGAGAGGGAAGCAGAGCUGCAGACUAUUUUCAGAGAAGAAGCUAGAAAGAUGUGGGAAAAGAGGGAAGAAGAAUGGGAAAGAGAGAAGGCAGCCAGAGAUCGCCUGAUGAAUGAGGUCCUUGUGGGCCGUCAGCGCCAGAUCCAGGAGAAGAUGGAGUUAAACAGGCGAGCCCAAGAAGAGUCUAUAAAGUAUCGAGAGCAGCUGAUUAAAGAACUUGAAGAGGCAAAAGAGCUGACUCGACGAGAGAAGGAGCAGGAGGAGGAACUGAAGACAGCACGGAGGCGGGAGCUGGAGGCGCAGCUGACAGAACGGCGCCUGCAAGAGCAGGAGGAGCAGCAGCGCCGGAGAGAGGAGGAAGAGGAGGAGAGCUCAGCCCGGCAGCGCUGCCAGGAGCUGGUGCAGCAGGAGGCCAAGCGCAUGGCGGAGCAGGGCUAUCGCCCCAGGCUCUACAGUUACCCCAAAGCAGCGUGGACCUGAGGAUUCUUGUCCUUCGUGCCUGAGGAAUGGGCAGUAAAUGUGGCUGCAGACUACAGAAAGAAAACUUGGAAGAAUCAAGGAACUCCUGGAAGUGUGGUGGCUUUGGAAUAACCUACAGUGAUAUCAAGACUCAACGCCGUGCAUUGCUGAAACUAUUUAGCUGUGGCCCUGUUAAACAGCAAAUUGCUACUGGCUUUGAGAAGGUGGAGGUGUGAGCAUCCUCGGAGGACUGAACUGCUGCAGGAGCUGUGCUGAUGUAUUUUAGUAGGUGCUAUGCUGGGGCAACAGAGCAAAUAAACAGGCCCUUUGGAUCUGAAGAGUGAAAGGAUCCAUCCUUCCCCCAGGAUGGGAACUGCCACUCACUGUGUUUGGAGUUGGUUCAUAAUGUGUGCUGCAGCUGUAAUCCUUAACAUGUUCCUCUCCAGAAGGCACCAACGACUCCAGUAAAUGUUGGUUUUCACUUGUUUCACAAAAAAUGAAUAACUUCAACCUGAA